AAGAACUCUAUAUGGGAUGAAACUAAUUUAAUACUUUUAUUAUUAUGAGUCUUUAAUAUAUGUUUACUGAAGAAGAAACAAGAACAAAAGGAACUAGUAUGGCCAUUGUUUCAGCUGGUGAGGGCAAAAAAUGUGGUAAAACUAUCAAAUUCCCACAUUUUGAUGUUGUAUCAGAUGAAUCAGAUCACUAUUACAUCAAAUCAAACCAAUCCAACAAAGAAAGAAACUACUUCAAUGAUACAAACACUUCUACUUAUAGAAGCAUCAUGAAAGAAUGGAAAAUCCUUGAGAAAAAUCUCCCUGAAUCCAUUUAUGUUCGAACAUAUGAGUUGCGUAUGGAUCUUCUACGAGCAGUGAUCAUCGGUGCCCCAGGGACUCCAUAUCACGAUGGACUUUUCUUCUUCGACAUUGUCUUUCCAUCAGAUUAUCCUAACCAUCCUCCAAAUAUUUACCAUUUGUCACGCGGAUUUCAUAUGAAUCCUAAUCUGUAUUCAAGUGGAUUCGUUUGCUUGAGCCUUGUCAACACUUGGAAUGGAACCAAGGUUGAAAGAUGGACACCUACAAAUUCUACGAUUCUUCAACUUCUCGUCUCAAUCCAGGGACUAGUACUCAACGCUCAACCUUACUUCAAUGAGCCUGGUCGCGAAAAACAUAUCAAGUCUGAGACUUGGUUGAAGAGAUCUUUAGCUUAUAAUGAGGAAGUAUUCAUCAUGUCAUGUAAAUUAAUGCUUUGUCAUAUUCGUACGCCUCCAAAGAACUUUGAAGGAUUUGUUCAUCAACAUUUUCGUGAACGUGGAGAGUACAUAUUGGCAUCACUUAACACAUAUGGUGGUGGAAAGGCAACUGCAGGACAGUAUCAAGGAGAUAAUAACAAGUCAUCGUCUCGAGUUUACACCUCUGUUCAGUUUCAGAAAAAUUCGAGGAAAAUGUUUGCUGAGUUUGAAAGUGCUUUGAAGAAGUUGAGCAACAGAAACCAGGAGGAGAAAGCAAAGGAGACAGCUAAGAAGAAGAGGAAAAGGGAAAAUGCAUCAUCAAAGGCUAAAGUAGUAGUAAAGGAAAAUAAGCCUAAAAGUGGACUUAUGCAGAAGAUAAAAGGCUUUUUCAAGUUCAUUUUUGAAUGAGAUAAUAGUAAGUUUUAUGUUUACAAUUUGCAUCUGGAUGGAACAUUGUGUGUUCUUGAAUUGAAUAUUACCAUAACAAGGUACAUUGUUUGUCGCGUACUCGAAAUUUCCCCCUUGUUUUUUGGUAGAUUUAUUUGUGUUUAUGAAAGCUGAAUUUGUGUUA